UGCGGGGAGGGAGGGAGGUGGGAGUUGGGGCUUCGUGGGACAGGCUGGCGGCAGUCCACUUCGGUGAACCCAUCGGCGAACGGGCACAAUGCCGGGAGGUCAGGCUCGGGUGUUUGAGGAUGCGGGGGAGGACGAGAACCACAAGGCGCAGAAGAAAUGUUGCGUGUACAAGUACAUCCGCGUGGGACAGAGUCUCGGCGAGAGAUUCCGCGGCAAUCGCAUGUUGAAGUGCGUUUUUUGUGGCCACGAGUUCCAGGGCAACCAGUUCGUGGCGGGGCGCCAUUUUCGGCGGGGCAAGGGAUGUCCGGCAGUGACCGACAAGGCACUUGUCGACAUUCACUACAACAGCGACUACAAGAUGUCUUACAAGCUCCUAGAGCGGAUCCAGCGGUUUGAGGAGCUUCACGGUCCGGCGCCUGCGAUGGAUCCACGACGGGACGAGGGGGGGGAGGGAGAGAUGAGGGACGCCGAGGAGCGGAUCGACAUGGACGACGACGUCGAGGAGGUUGCGUGGGCGGGGUCGUCAGGGAGGGAUCAAGGGAAGGGCGUUGUCAGAGAGCCGGGUGGGCAGCAGGGCCAGUACUUUGCGUCGGCGCACGUGUUGGCUCGUGCACAGGCAGGUGUAGAUACGGAUGAGGUGGGUCCGUCUACGGGGAAUAGGAAGGAGAGAGAGGAGGGGGCGCGGCCGACGGCAACACAGAAGAGGCUGAGGCAGAACACCAUCAUGGAGUCAUUCUCUUCAAAGUGGCAGAUGGAGUUCUAGAAGAGGUGGUUGAGGUUUGUGUACAGUCAGCGCUUGGCGUUCAACGUCUUCCGGAGCGAGCCGUGGUUGGACGUCG